AUGCCUCAGAGUCAGAAGAGUAAGGUCCAUGCUGGUGAUAAAUGCCACCAGGCCGGAGGUGAGACCGAUUGUGGGGGUGCCCAGGCCAUAGCAGCAGCAGAAGAGGAGUCCACUACCACCUCCUCUCCUCAGUGUGGAGGCAUUACCCAAAGUCUGCCUGCUGCUGGGUCAUGUAGCACUGCCCAGGAGCCUCAAAGAGCACCAACUACCACCACUACUUCUGCAGGCAUUUCUUACACGAGAUCUGAUGAAGCUUCCAACGGCCAACAUGAGGAUAGGGCAAGCGCCUAUGAGGUCCCACCCUUCACUGAGAGCUCAGGAACUGACUUUUUAACCAGGAAGGCUGGGUUGUUGAAGCAGUGCCUUCUGUACAAGUAUAAAAUGAAACAGCCCAUUAUGAAGGAAGAUAUGCUGAAGAUUGUCCACCAAAGCUACCACGGCCAAUUUGCUGAGAUUCUCAAGAGAGCCUCUGAGCGCAUUGAGAUAGUCUUUGCAGUAGAUGUGAAGGAAGUCGACUCAACCAGUCACUGCUACAAUCUUGUCAGCAAAUUGAAACUUCCCAACAAUGGGAGGGUGCGUGGUGGAAGGGGGUUACCCAAGACCGGUCUCCUGAUGAAUCUCCUGGGUAUGAUCUUCAUGAAGGGCAACUGUGCCACUGAGGAAGACAUCUGGAAAUUCCUGAGUCUGAUGCGAGUGUAUGCUGGAAGGAAACAUUUCAUCUAUGGGGAGCCCAGGUAGCUCAUCACCAAAGAUUUAGUGAGCCUUAUAAGAUAG